CAGCGGUCCCAGCUCGGGGUGUCUGUGAGGUAUCGGGGUAUGAGUGUUGUGAGAGGAAGGGUUGUAUGAGGAGAAUACGAAUUGGUGCCACGUGCUGCGUGUUUCCGUGACUGGCGUCGUUUGACUGAUUCUGACUCAAGGAGAAAGAAAAGGAAACAUCUUAGAACUGAUAAGUUAACGGCUUGGACCAGCUGUGAAUCCUAUGUAUUCACCACUGCAUGGACGCGGCAAUGCCAGAACACGGAGCCGAGACUGACCCACCGGAGGGCAUGCCCUCGGGGCCCGCGCACGACCUGGUGGUGACCCCUCGGCCGGCCGGCCAGCGCUACGGCGAGCUGGUCAUUCUCGGCUACAAUGGCAUCCUGGCGCACGGCGACAAGGAGCGGCGACCGUCCAAGUUCCUGCUGCACAAGCGGCUGGUGUCGAACGGCGUCAAGCCGGCCCGCUACUACGAGGUUAAGCAGCCGCAGAUGUCCGAGGCGGUGCGGGACCGGUGUCAACACAGCGUCUCGUACACGCUGUCGCGACACAAGGCCAUUAUCGUCGAGUACUCGGCCGACCACGACACUGAUCUCUUCCAGGUGGGCCGUUCGUCGGAGUCGCCGAUCGACUUUGUCGUGCUGGACACGAUUCCGGGCGUCAAGACGGAGGACACGCGCGACAGCAAGGUGGUUCACUCGACCAUCUCGCGCUUCGCCUGCCGCCUGCUGGUCAACCGAGCCACCCUCAAGGCCAACGUGUACGCCGCCGGCUUCGACUCCUCACGUAACAUCUUCCUCGGGGAGAAGGCGACCAAGUGGGAGACGGACGGUAUCAUCGACGGCCUGACGACCAACGGCAUCCUACUUAUGCACCCACGAGGCGCCUUCUGCGGCGGCCAGGCGCGGCCUGGCCCCUGGAUGGAGGUGUCCGUCGGCGGCGGCAUGUACGGUCUCCGCGCCACCCGCUCCGCCGCGCAGAAGGGCAUCAAGAUCGAGGACCAGACGAGCGAGCUGCAGGACGGCACGCUGGUGGACCUGUGCGGCGCCACGCUGCUCUGGCGUUCCGCAGACGGGCUCAGCCGCUCGCCCACCAAGCACGACCUGGAGCGCAUGGUGGAUCGCCUGAACGCCGGCCGGCCGCAGUGUCCGGUGGGCCUCAACACGCUCGUCAUCCCGCGCAAGUCCGUGGCGCCGGCCAGCGGUGACGGCGAGCCCUGGGUGUACCUGCACUGCGGCCACGUGCAGGGACGACACCAGUGGGGCCAGGAGCAGGGCACUGACUCGCGCACCUGCCCCAUGUGCCUGAAGACGGGCCCGGUGGUGCGCCUCUGCAUGGGCAUGGAGCCCUGCUUCCACGUCGACUGCGACGCGCCCACGUACGCGUUCAACCCGUGCGGCCACAUGGCGUCCGAGGCGAGCGUCAAGUACUGGUCGGCCGUCAUGAUUCCGCACGGCACCAACGGCUUUCACUCGAUGUGCCCGUUCUGCGCCACGCCGCUCAACGCUCCGGCACCGCACGUCAGGCUCAUAUUCCAGGACAAUCUGGACUGAGCGGCCGCCGCGCCACACCGCAUGUGCCUGCCGCCGCCGCCGCCGCCGCCACCACCGCCCACCAUACAAAGCAGCAGUGAGUUUGCACCCGUCUACGUGGUCUUUCGCGAGGUUGAGGCGCUCGCGCGCGCGGUCGCCCGGCGCCGGCCCGGACGCGGCGUGCUUUAUUUAUUCGCCGGCCGCCGCGCGGCGAUCGCUUCUAGUGCCGGCCCACGUCCGGCGGGCCUCCCUCGGCUUCUCGCCCGGGCCUGGUCUCGCUCCGGCGCGCUCGAGCCUACGCAAGUGUUUGAUUGUGUACAUAUGCAAAAGACAAGGGCAUAGUUAUGGCCGACGUGAAGCUAUUUUUAGACGAACAUUUGACUACGCCUGUAACCGUCUACAUAACCGCCACUGAGAGAGGCUCUUGCUUUGCGUUUUGCUGGUCUGUUCUUGUGUGGUACCGACCUAACCACGGCGUGUUUUCCGUCGCUCUUGCCUAUUUCCAGCCUUGUUUUAGGCGUGAUGGCGCUUCACUAGCGUGGCGACACUCUGUUCUGGGCGCGAGCCGCGCGCGCGCUGCCUCCGUCUGGCCAGUCGUCUGUUGACCUGUCUGCUCGUGUUCGCCUCCUGUGCCGAUGAUGUGAGGCGCCGGGAGCUCGAGCCACCCCCGAGGGGAGGGCGCGAUGCCGGCCGUCGGCCUGCGCCGCCCGGCGGUCCGUCUGCCUGCCUGCACGUGUGUAUGCGUGCGUGUGUUUCCGCGUGUGUGCGUGUGUAUGCGUGCGGGGCCGGUGGCAAUGCGGAAUGCCAGAGGCCGGCCGGGCCGUCAAAUGCAACACUACUUAAAGUAGCGCGCGCCGUGUUGUAAUGAGCUGCGGCGCGCCGCCUGGCCCGGCUGGAGGAGCGGCUCCGGCCCGGCCUGGACCACUCCACCCGGGCUGAGCGGGCGCCGGACGCGACGUGCUACCUCCACUGGCACCUCUGCUCGGGAGUAGUACCGGCGCUGGUGCACGGCCCGGGGCACUGAAGUCAGGCCUGGAUUAGGUCCGAUCUUACUCCUGUGUCCUCACCAGCUGCGGAGGUUUAACCCUCCAACCCCCCCCCUCUCCCCCUCCCUCUGCUCCCUUCCUUCUCCUCCGCCCAAAGAUGCCUUGCUCCUCCCCGGGCUGGUCGUCUUCGACGGCGCGCGGUCGCUGCCGGGCUCCCGCCGUCACCCCACACUCAAGCGACGGGAGGCCGCGGCGUCCACAGGUGCGGGGCGGCCGACGCUGGAGGCCCCGGGCCCAGCGCCGGCCGCCAGGGAGGGGGAGGGGAGAGGGGCUCGCACAUGCCGCGACUGCUCACCCGGCCCGGCCGCCGCCUGUACAAUGUACAUACGUCGUGCCGUGUCUAGGAACAUCAUUAAUCUGUACGUGCUGAUACGAAUAAAACGGAAAGCAG